AUGGCGGAGGUUACGACAGAGGAAUCUCGGAUUCCGUUUCUGACCACAGGACGGGAAGAAAAGGAACGCCUUCUUGAAAUGUCGGCAGAUUCCUCCGAGCCCCCGCGUUCACGCAAGCGUCGAUCGGUUACUCCAAUAUGCAUUACAAUGAGCCUUCUCGUCCUGUCGAACUUUUGCUUCUGCGUCGCGUUGAUACUUACUGCACGAGCCAACUUGACUCCCGCUCCACCAUCGUGGAUGCCGCCUGAAAGAUAUACCAAACAAACUUUCCAAUUCCAAAAAGUUUUUGGCGAGGAGCCCAGCGAACGAUCGGAAGCAGCGUGGACCAGACUCAUACCGAUGGGCAAAGGUUGGAUUAAUGUUACAACGGAAGACGAACUGCCAUAUAUGCCUGGAUUGGAUAAAAGUAUACCCGAAAAGAAGGCGUUGCUGUCUGUCUUUCACCAACUCCAUUGUUUGUAUAUGACCCGAUCCGGUUUCUUUAAUGUUCGGGAUGGCCAUCUUGACAAGGUAAACACAACUCACCUUUCGCACUGCUGGGACUACUUGCGGCAGAGUGUUAUGUGCGCUGGUGACACAACUCUGGAAUGGAAGCCAGCAAAUGACAUCGGAAGCACUGGAUGGGGCUACCGGCAUACUUGUAAAGACUACACCUCCCUUUUCAUCUUUGCCGAGCAGCACAGAUCUACGGACAAGAAGGAGAUUCACUCAAAAUAG